GCGUUCUUACAGGUGGUGGUUGGUUUGUUCGUUGCAGUCGCGGCUUUAUUCAUUUUAUAUCAAAUAGAAUUUGAGAAAUCAAAGCAUUUGUGGAAAAUAAGUCAGACGAAUCAUAAAACAGAAAUGUCCAGCUUUGUAAAUAUUCCUGCAGGCAGUGACUUUCCGCUGGAAAACUUGCCAUAUGGAGUGUUUUCAACUAAAGCCAAUGCACGUAAGCGUUUGUGUGUAGCGAUCGGUGAACAUGUGUUGGACCUCUCAGGUGUAGCUCAACUUUACCCACCGGAAGUACAAGAUGCCUUAACUUCAGAUUCAUUAAAUCUACUUAUGAGUUUGGGACAUCAGGCCUGGCAGGUUGUACGAGAACGUACACGCGAGCUACUCCUUAAAAACUCCCAAUUGGAUCAGAAUCCUGUAUUGGCACGCAAUGUCAUCGUAGCACAAAGUGAAUGUCAAAUGCAUCUUCCUGCACAAAUUGGUGACUACACUGAUUUCUACUCUUCCAUACAUCAUGCCACCAACGUUGGUAUUAUGUUCCGUGGCAAAGAUAAUGCACUUAUGCCAAAUUGGCGUCAUAUACCUGUGGGGUAUCAUGGUCGCGCUAGUUCGGUUGUUGUGUCUGGUACGCCAAUACGUCGCCCAUUUGGCCAAACACAACCUGUAGAUAAUAGUCCACCCGUAUUUGGACCUUGUAAGUUGUUAGAUUUUGAGUUGGAAAUGGCAUUUUUCAUUGGUGGACCUGGCAAUAAACUUGGUGACCGUGUGGCUGUUGAAGAUGCUUGGAAAAACAUUUUUGGUUUUACCCUUAUGAAUGAUUGGAGCGCACGCGAUAUACAAAAAUGGGAAUAUGUGCCAUUAGGCCCAUUCACUGCCAAGAAUUUGGGCACUACAAUUUCACCAUGGAUUAUUCCCAUAGCUGCUUUAGAACCAUUUUUAGUGGAUAACUAUGCACAGGAACCAGAAGUAUUUCCGUAUCUAAAGCAUGAGAAACGAUUUAAUUACGAUAUUAAAUUAGAAGUCUCAUUGAAACCUGAAAAUGGUACCGAAACUGUAAUAAGCAAAUCAAACUAUAAAUAUUUGUACUGGACCGCACUACAGCAAGUAGCACAUCAUACAGUUACCGGUUGUAAUAUCAAACCCGGCGAUUUGAUGGCAUCAGGUACCAUUAGUGGUGAAACAGAAGAUUCUUAUGGCUCAAUGUUAGAGUUGAGCUGGAGGGGCUCUAAGCCUAUUAACCUAAAUGAUGGUACUGUAAGAAAAUUUUUGCAAGAUGGAGAUGAAGUGAUAAUACGUGGCUUCUGCUCCCAUCCUGUGAGUGGAUUGCGCAUUGGUUUCGGUGAAUGCGUUGGCAAAGUACUUCCAGCAAUACCAUUUCAAUAAAUUUUUUAAAUUAAAAUAAAAAGUGAACAAAUUUUUUAAAAGAUUUCUGUUUGAAG